GUGGUCUGACGUCUUUCCACCAGCAGCGUCUGGCGGUCCCUCGCAUACCCGCCGUCCCACAUAAACGCACAAAGAAAAAAAAGGACAGCAUGGCCAGCUGCAUAAAGUGUCCGUCUCCGCCACAAGGGUCUCCCUCCAGUCUCCGUCCCUCCAGCUACUUGAUCCCGCAACCAUAUCCCUCCAAACUCUCGUCUUCCGCCGUCCACCGGCCUUCCUUCGCCAAAGUCUCCCUCGACUCUUUCGCACUACACCACCACUCCUCCAACGCACGCCAUUCGCCCACUCAAUAACUUACAGAAUGAUGUCAACAACAGCAGCACCGGCACCCGCGCCAGUUACGAAGGCCCCCGAGGCCGGGAAACUCAGCGAGAAGGAUAGCUUCAUGCAGACUUUUGAGGUUAUCUCCGAGGAGAUUGUGAGGGACUUGCAGAACUAUAAUGUGCCCAAGGAGGGUGUCGAGCAUAUCAAGAGGAUGCUGCACUACACGGUCCCGGGCGGCAAACUCAACCGCGGUCUCACCGUGCCUUCCGCUCUCAAAUCCCUACUGAAACGCGAAUUGACGAAGGACGAGCUCUUCAAAGCUCAAGUGUUGGGUUGGGGCGUUGAAUGGUUGCAAGCCUUCUUCCUCAUCACCGACGACAUCAUGGACGCCUCCAUCACAAGACGAGGCCAACCUUGCUGGUACAAGCAGCCCGACAUUGGCAUGAUUGCCAUCAACGACGCCCUCAUCUGCGAAAGCGCCAUCUUCAGGCUGCUGAAAAAGUACUUCCGCUCUGAAUCUUACUACCCCGAGCUCGUCGAGAUGUUCCACGAGGUCACGUAUCAGACGGAGCUCGGGCAAAUGAUGGACCUGCUGACGGCGCCCGAGGACCACGUCGACUUGUCCAAAUUUUCGCCUCAAAAACACGCCUACAUAGUUGAGUACAAGACUGCAUACUACUCAUUCUACCUCCCCAUCGCCCUCGCCAUGCGCAUGGCCGCCAUCACCGACGAAACCGCCUACGCGCAAGCGAAGGCCGUGCUGCUACCCCUCGGCGAGUACUUCCAGGUCCAGGACGACUAUCUCGACUGCUACGGCAGCCCGGAGGUGAUUGGCAAAGUGGGCACGGAUAUCGAGGAUAACAAAUGUGGGUGGCUGAUUAUCCAGGCGUUGGAGCGCGCGAGUGGGGAGCAGAGGAAGCUUUUGGAUGCAAACUACGGGCAAAAAUCACCCUCCGCCGUGUCCAUCGUCAAGCAGAUCUACAAACAACUCGACCUCGAAUCCGUCUACCGCGAGUACGAGGACCGGAGCUACACGCGCAUUUCGCAGCUGAUUGAGCAGAUUGAUGAGAGUCUGUUGCCGAGGGAUAUGUUUGUGACGUUCAUGAACAGAAUUUAUAAGCGGAAGUUGUGAGUUGAUAGAGUGUAGAGGGGAUGGGGGUAGGCCAGCGGGGAGUGUGGACUAUAGAUUGCGGCAAAUACGUAGAACAUCUGAAUUGGGGACCUUUGCGAGAGGCCCUUCAAGUUCAUUGGUGGUGAUGGUCCUUUUCCGCACAAGUGACGAGAGGCUUGUCAAGACGAACUCAACGGAAAGCUUUUGAACGUACUCGUGCCAAGGUAGCAUAUACUGAUAGGCAACCUCUGGCUCGCGGGGCGCGACCCGGAGGCACGUCUGAAGACCUUCG